UAACAUUUUAUCUAAUUUUCAGUUUGGGACAUUAUCCUUUUUUUGUAUUAGUUUUGAUGAUGGCAUCUUCUGAAAUGGACUCUAAACCAGAAGCACAUGACACAAAACAGGAAGCCCAAGAACUGGAGCAAAUCCUCAGCGCUAUGAGUUACUCACAACGUGGACGAAUGGAAGAACAGCGCUGCGCCUUGAGUCCUGUUAAAACCCGACAAGUAAAAAAUACAGGUCCACACUGUGAAGAGUUUUCCAAUACCUUGAACAACAAACAGGAACAACACCAUGAUACCCUGCGGCUGUCGUUGCCUGGGUUUAACUACCAGGAACCUGGGAUGAAUAACCAUCAUGGCUCUGCACCUCAGAUAUCUGUGACAGAGAGUACCCCAGAUAGCAACAGGAAGCUCCUGUCUAUACCAGCAAGCCAAUUACAGGUUCCCUCUCAGCAUGACUGCUCAAAUUCUAGAAAGACAGAAUCAUCUGAUGAACAAGAGAAGUUCAUGAAUAUAAUCAGCCACAGCCAGCGUGGACGCAUGGACGACCAGUGCUGUUCCUUGGAUCUUAGCAAGAGUGCUCCCUGCACACCCAAACACACUGACAGAAAGCUUUCUGCAAGUACUCUGAACUCAGGUCCAGAUUCAGAAAUGUUGUUUAGCCUCUUGGCCAACACCCAGAGCAACCGGCUCAAUGACCAGCGAGUGUCUCUUCAAUCAUUACCAGGAUUACAAAGUGACAGUACCACAUCCACUGCAGGAGGAGAUUCAAGUUACUUGUGUUACAUGGUCUCUAAAGUCCAGGGUUCCAGAAUGGAUGACCAGAGAUGCUCACUACCUAAAAUCCUAACCUCAGAGAACCAGUGUUCAUCAAAAAAUGAUAAGUCUGUAUCUGGUUCAGGCCCUCCACGUUCAGCAUCUUUCAGCCCCCACUCAGACAUAGGAAGACUGAAGAGUAAAGAUAAAGCUCAAAAACAGGUCUUGACUGAAGCUGAUCAGGAGGAUUUUUUUAACUUAAUAAGUAAUACCCACCAUGGACGAAUGGAUGAGCAGCGGUGUGUUUUAAAUGUUAGUCCCAAGUCCACACCCACACACAAGCCCAGUCAGAGCAAGGUGCCGAAAGGUCCAGAUUCUGACAAGUUCUUCAGCCUGCUGGAGAACUCUCAGGGCAGACGACUUGAUGACCAGCGAGUGUCUCUUCCUUCAUUGCCAGGGAUACAAAAUGGAAAAACCUCAUCACCAUCUUCUGCUACAGAGAUAGAUGCAAGCUACUUGUGUUACAUGGUCUCCAGAGUCCAGGUUGGCCCCAUACAGAGCAUGGGCUCAAGAAUGGACGAACAGAGAUGUUCUGCACCCAGUAGCUUACAAAAUCAGGGUACCCCAACUACUCAGCACAAAGAUCAUCCCAUGGCAGAUAAAUGUGAUAAACUGUCUGCCUCCCUAAACCAUGCCAGAACUGACCAACAGCAGCAGGAGGCAUCUCCAGCUGAGCAGGAACAGUUCUUUAAAAUGAUAAGCCAUGCACAAAGUGGACGUAUGGAAGAGCAACGUUGUUCUUUGCAGCCCAGCAGCAGUACACCUGCCACACCCACACACAAUGGAAGUGCUAUAAAUAAUGUACCAACAGGUGCAGAUGCUGAUGCAUUCUUCAAAAUAAUUUCCUCCAGUCAGGGACGACGGCUUGACGAUCAGCGUGUUGCACUUCCUAAAUUGCCAGGGAUAGGUGGGGAUGGUGAAAGAAAAGAAAGUGGUAUAACUUCAAAGGCUGGAAUCCCCGUUUAUCCACCACACAUCACUAUAGCUGAAAGUACACCAACAACAUCAAGGAAAGACUGUUCCAGACCUACCGCUCAACCUCAAAGGGCUUAUGCAGAAUCUGCAGAAUCUGGCAGCCCCAGGGCCAUUCCCAAAUCUGCUUCAUUUACCUCUGAGAAGGAAUAUCAGAAGAAGCUAAAUUCCCCAGCACAGAUGACAGUGAAGGUGUCCAUGAGCUUCACACCGCAGCAGGGACACAAGACCCUCGAUACAUGUACAUUCCCAGAAGUCUUCCUCACGCUAGGAGCCCCUGGAGAUAACCUUGUGAUACCUCUGAGCCCACUGCCUGGCAGACCCUUGUCUGUAAACUUAAAUCUUGUCCCAAAAGAAGAUGUGAAGUCCAGGCACAGCUCUCCAAGUCAUGGAAGUCCUAGAAAAGGCUGCUCAAGGCCAUCGUCUCCCAACCCGAGACCAACCAGAGAAACACAUCCUGAAACUUCAUGUCCACAUGAACUUGGGAAGCUUGCGUCCAGCCCUAUCAGUCCAGAUGAAGACUGUUUCUCUCUGAUUGAGAGGGUUCACACAGCCCAGCUCCAGAAGGGGAUGGCUCAAGGAGAACACAAAUGUAAAGGGGAGCAAGGAAAGGGAAAAGGGGGUGGAAAGAAAGACAAGAAGAAUGGUGGGAAUAAACAAUAAUCAGGUAUGCUACAUUGUAAAUGAUCUAUUGAGCAAAAUAACUGAGAUAAAAUGUGAGAUGUUUAGCUUGAAAAGAAAUGUUGAUCGAACAUCGUUUAUGCAAUUGUAUUUGUUAUUUUCCACACUAAUUAGCAUCUCUUGCUUGAAAGGAACUUUUGUUAUUGUGUUUAUUGUUUUUAGGACUGGGUUGGGUACUUGUUUUUUCCCCUUUGCUUGUUGAAUAUCAUUGCUCCUUACCCAAAGAAACUGUAGGUUGGUUGGAAUUAAAGCCAGGCCUUUGGCAAACUGUAUGAAACUAUGACCAAACAUGUAUCACAAUACAAAAAGAAAUACCUAAAUUAAACCUGAUUGCCAACUCAUGUUAGCUCCUUAUUUAGUUGAACCAUAUUAAUUGACAAAUGAGUUGAGAUUCCAAAUGUUAAAUAAUAAUAAUAAUAAUAAUAAUAGUAAUAAUAAUAACAAUAUUAAUUAAUUCUGUAACAUUGGGCACAAUUGUUUCAAUUAAUCAUUGGUGUAUCUCAAGAGUAGCACAGAUGAAAAGUGAUGAUCUCAACUGAAACUGCAGCAAUGAUAUGAGCAAUAUUGG